UUGACAGAUGGCGGCUCUCGGUCCCGUAGAUCCCAGUUCGUUUUCCGAACCAGAACGAUGCGUUGUUACCAAGUUACACGUGGAUUUAGAAAUUGACUUUGCAAAACAUGUUUUGGUUGGAAGUGUAGAUAUAACUUUAGAGAAGAAGAGCGAAGAUGUUAAAACAGUUAUUUUGGACACCCGAGAUCUGACCAUUUCUCGUAUUGUAGACCGGGCUACCAUUUCAGUGCUUCCUUUUACACUUGGAGAACCUACAGGACCCUUCGGCUCAAAGCUUGAAAUAACCUUGCCAACUUCUUCAGACAAACAAGUGACCAUCAGUAUUGAAUACAGCACAUCUGAAACAAGUACAGCUCUUCAGUGGCUCAGACCAGAGCAGACGGCAGGAAAGAGACAGCCAUAUUUGUUUAGUCAGUGUCAGGCUAUUCAUGCCAGAAGUCUGGUACCAUGUCAAGACACUCCAUAUGUCAAGUUUCCAUACACCGCCAAGGUGACUGCUCCAGAGGAAGUAACCGUGUUAAUGAGCGCCUUGAGGAAAGAUCCCGUCCGACAUCCUAAUAAACGCACGACCACCCAUGAGUUUGAACAGAAGAUUCCCAUUCCCAGCUAUCUGAUAGCUAUCGUGGCUGGUGACAUAGAGAGCAGAGAUAUUGGUCCACGGUCCAAGGUUUGGUCUGAAAAGGAAUUAGUGGAUAUGGCUGCUUAUGAAUUUGCUGAGACAGAACAGAUGCUGCAGACUGCUGAGGCGAUGCUGGGGCCGUAUGUCUGGGGUCACUAUGACCUGCUGGUACUGCCGCCAUCUUUCCCAUACGGUGGAAUGGAAAACCCAUGCUUGACAUUUGUCACACCAACUUUAUUGGCUAAAGAUCGAUCCCUGGCUAACGUUGUAGCUCACGAGAUUUCACACAGUUGGACUGGAAACCUCGUCACCAACAACUCCUGUGAACACUUCUGGUUGAAUGAAGGUCAUACAGUGUUUGUUGAAAGGAAGAUAGCAUCCAGGCUCCACGGAGGGGAACAGAUGAGACACUUCAUGGCUUCUGAAGGAUGGGAUGCGCUACAGAAUGCGGUGAACACUUUGGAGAAUCCACUAUACACGAAGCUGAUUCCCGAUCUGAAAGGGGUGGACCCUGAUGAUGCAUUCUCCAUCGUUCCCUACGAGAAGGGAUUUGCCUUGCUCUUCUACCUAGAAACCCUUGUUGGAGGUCCAGAUGUGUUUGAAAAGUUUCUGAAGGCCUACAUUGACACUUUCAAAUACAAGUCGAUCAACUCCAAAACGUGGAAGAAUUUUCUCUUUCUUCAUUUCAGUGAUACGGAAACACAGAAAGUCCUAAAUGAUGUGGACUGGGAUGCGUGGUUCUUUGGUGUCGGUAUGCCUCCGGUUAAACCAGACUAUGACACCUCUCUGCGAGAUCCGUGCACUAAUAUGUGUAAUAUGUGGGUUGAAGCCAGUGAGGCCGACAUGUCUCAGUUCGGCAAACACGAUCUACAUGACUUCUCUUCCAUUCAAGAGCGAGAGUUCAUCAACCUGCUCAUCCAAAAGCCUCCAUUGCCUGUGUUCAAGCUGGAGAAGAUGAAUGAACUGUAUCAGUUUGGUGUUGUUAUAAACUCGGAGAUCAGAUUCAGGUGGAUUCGACUGGGUAUACGAGCCCAGUGGCCUAAAAUCAUUCCACUAGCGUUGGCGUUUGUUAGCGAACAAGGAAGAAUGAAAUUUGUCAGACCUAUCUACACAGAUCUGUACAAGUGGGAGGCCGCCCGACAGAAGGCCAUCGAUAAUUACAUGGAACACAAGGAUGAGAUGCACAAUACCACAGCAUCCCUUGUCGCCAAGGACCUCAAGCUUAUGUAAUCCGCCAUAAUCAACAUCAUUUCACUCGUCUCUCUGAUCUACGUCAUGUACCAGUGAGACAUCAGAAGUGAUUUAAUAUCCAAACACCUUCAAUAAACUUUGUCAAAAUGGUAGCCUUUGUUUACCUUACUUCUAGGGCUAGCUCUGUUAUUUGCAAAUUUUAAGUACAAUUGGCGAAUUAUUUAUUAAUUUUUGUUUUUUUAAAAAGGUAUGAUAAUUGACAUUUUACUCAAAAAUAGCCUUGAAUUCUUUUCAUAGUAUUCUGGAGCCAGUUUCACAAACCAUUGUAAUGUGACUAGCAGUUGUACAUUUUGUACGUUUACACGUGUUGGGUAUCUACACAUUUAUUUCACGCAGACAAUUGCAUCACUAAGGAAGAUAGAGCAUUGUAGGGACGAAGAAAAAAUAUCAAUCGGCCAUUUGACUCGUGAACGAGGAAGAAUGAAAUUUAUCAAAUUUGAAAGUUGCAGCACGACUGUCUUGAGCAUUUUCUCCAAAACUCCCCAGUGGAUUUGUCCAAAAUAGAGAAGAAAAAUAUAUACUUCAAACUACAGGUAUACAUGUAUUGCUUGUACUGUUAGUAGUAAAACUAAUAGUGGUUUUGUCAUAGAUUUAUGUUUUACGUAAAAAAAACUAGGUUUACCAUGUUUUGUGAAAUCAGUCCCUGGUUUCCAAAUAUCUUUUAGUGAAUAAUUGACUACACUGGAGUGCAGUAUUAAAUCAGGUAUUUUCAUUCCGUCCAGUUGAUAUGGCUCAGUUACCGCAGUAAUUAUGCCUCAUGAAUCUUAGAAUUAUAGGUGUGAUAUUUAAUUUUCUUAUUCCUGGGAGUCCAAAAUUUGCAAUUUUAUUUUGCAAGUGAGUUUUAUUAUAAGUAUUACAAAAUCAGAAUCUUGGUGUUAUUUAAUUGUGGUAUUGUCAUUUACCCAGUUUAUAUCAGUAUAACCAGAUUUAUGUCCAGUUUAUGCUGACCUUUACCGUAUGAUAGUAUAUUGUAUCGCAGCACCUAGUCCGAUUUUAAAACUGUUUAGGGGUUAUUCCAAAAGUGACCUGGAGUCAAAGGUCUGAGACAACUAACUAAUGUAUUUUAAAAAGUUGAUUUAAUUGAUUUAUUUUUACAUGAUGGGUAUACAGACCCACAAUACACAAGUUUUUAUGUUUAAAUGAGAUGGAGUUGGGGGGGGUUAUGGAUAGUGAUAUUAUAUUCAAAUGUAUUUGAAGAUAGGUGUUUUGUGAGAAUGGUGGGUGUUCUAAUUCUAAUCUUGUGCGUAAUAGUUUUAUUCAAAACAAUUACCACUCCAACCCCUCGGAUGUGAUGUUUUUGUUAAUUCACAGAUCUGGUUAUAUUUGUCGCCCUAGAUUUAUCGAUUAUCCCUCAUCAGUAUAGUUGCUGGAACUAUCUAAUCCAUAUAUUUCGUGUUCACAUGGACCCCACCAGUAGUUCAAGCCUUUUUGAUUUUACACAUGAUACUUUUGUCUCGGAAUACAUUGAUAUGAUUAUUAUGACUCCCUCAUAUGAUAACAAAAAAGAAAUAAUGAUAUUGUGGUAUAAAAGUAUUUUAUGUUAUUCAGUGUCAUCAUUGUAGUCAGAAUUAUAAGUUUUUUCACCUCAUUUUACACCGAUGACUCUUGCUUUCUGCACUUGGUCAGCUUGGGAUCCAUGCAGAUCGCAGUUGAAAAUUUUAUAUAUAGAUCCUAUGGCUGUACCAAAUCAAAUAAUCUUUGGUCUUGGUGUUGGCAUGUCUGGAGGUGACAUGUACUUAGAAAGAGAAAAAUAACUAGCUGAUCAAAAAAUAUCACAAAACAUAUACCCUGGGGUCUGUAUGGACCCUUGAUGUACUGUAACUACUGUUGAUAGUUAAACAUGAAUUACAAGUGAUGGACGUUGAAUUUGUGCAAAUAUCUAUAUCAGGUUUUAUGUUCUAAAAUAUCAUUCCAGAAUGUAAAGAUUGUUCUUCAGAAAAAAACAAAACAAAAAAACCCACAUCACUGACUUGUGAAAAUCAUAAACUUGGACUCUUUGUGUUCCAUGAUUUGUUAGUAUCUAUAUAAUUUAUUUAGCUAUAAAAGUAUUCUAAUUUUGUGAUGUAUGUUAGUUAACAGACUUUUUAGUACAUGUAUUUGAAAAGAAAUUAAUAUAUCGGUGGUGGAAAAUAAAAGACUAAUUUCACUAACAUAAUUAUUAUAUUCUCUGUAGUCAAAAGUGUGAGCAUAUCUUGCAUAAUUAUUCAAACUUGCAAAAUAAAUGAUGCUAUUCAUAAUUUUUUUUUUUAUAUCAUGCAUGCUUUGAACAUUUAUUAUAUUUAAUCAGACAUCUUUGUAGGAUUUUAUGGUUUAGUAAACUUAAUGUGAUACAUCAUGUGAAAUUAGGAUAUACAUUUAUGUAGAUGAUUUUACAAUACUUUAUAAAUGGUAACUUAUGCUUACCAACAUUCUGAGUAUAUAAUUAGUAAAAAAACAAAGUGUUCUGGAUGUUGUAGUUUAGACUGAAUUAUUAUUGUUAAAUUUUAGAGUAGUUUUUGUUUUUAUUUUUGUUACAUACUCUCUUAUGUUUUAAGUAUAAUACACCAGAAUAAAUACUUAGAAAAUAUCAAAAUGUUGGAAAUAGCCUAAGACCAGUAUACACAUUGUUUUAUAACGUACUAGAUGUGUUUUUGAUGCUGUGGUUUGAUAAAUAUUCAUCAUUCAUUAUUUCUACGCAAUAAAGCUCCCAGUUUA